AUGCCAGGUCCAGUCAAAGAUGUGGAUUUAAGACUUGAAACUUUUAAUCAUUUACAUAAGCUAUUCAAUGAGGGUACUUCAAACAUUCUUCUUGGUGUUUUUCUCGAGCAACCACUCACGCAGGAAAACUGCGUCCUGGUACGUAUUUUCGGCUAUCAGACAGAACUUUACAUCGACAGAGAUCGGGAAGCCAUUUAUUUGUGGAUUCUUAAUCAAUUGAACUUUGCCAGCAGAGUCUUUUCUAAAUUCACCAAUGGGAUCUGCUACGGAUACCUGCCGGGUUCAACCGUUACCUAUGAACUUCUUUCUGAGCCCAAGUACUUCAAAAUGGUUGCAGAGAAGAUGGCUGGGUUGCAUACACUCCCAAUCGAUGAAUUCGCGGAGCAGCACUUCUCUGAUGUUGGAUUUAUCUUCGACACUAGUCCUUGUGUUCUGAACUCAGCUUUGAAGUUUAUUAGCCUCAUCUCUGAUAUCCUCUUGCCUAAAACAACUGCAAACUGUGCUGGUGACGGGGUUACUGAUAAUAAUUUGAAUGAGGUGUUUCCGACUAAGGAGUACCUAAUAGAAGAGGUUUUAUUCCUCCGAAAACUUCUCUCAACAGCAAAAUCACCUGUGAGAUUUUGCCACAAUGACUUGCUUUUUGGAAAUAUUGUUUUGUCAACAGACAAGGGUUCAAUUCAUUUUAUUGACUUCGAGUACUGCGGCUACAACCAUGUCUGCUAUGAUAUUGCCAAUCACUUCUGCGAAUACACGGGUAUGGCAAAUCAUGAUUUUUCGCGGUAUCCCUCGCGCAUACUUCAAGCCGAAUGGGUCCGAACGUACCUUCGUGCCUUCAAAAAACACUCGAACUGCACUUCAACUGAACUUCCACCCAUCGAUGCAGAUGAAAUUGAUGCGUGGCUAGACGAGAUUCAAAAUUUUACUCUCGUCUCAAAUUUAAUGGCCCAUAAGGCAGAGCACAAUAAACUACGUGGAGUUUACUAUUGGAGGCAAUAUCAAAGCGAAGUUUUGGCAGAGCUCCAAAAAAUAAUUUUAUGA